AUGAAACAUCCUGACUUCCCACACAAACGGCUCAACUUCGAGGGAUAUAAGGAGCUGGACAGCAUCGAGGCUAUCCAGAAGCUAAUGCACACCUUUGCGGAGGAUGUGCAGAUUCAAGAGAGUGGGUGUGAGGCGAUUAAACUAUACUGUCGCAUAGAAAGCAAUAGAGCCAGAGCGUGUAGGGCACUUUUUCACGACGAUCUACAGAUGCUAAUGCAAAAGUUUCCGAACGAGAAGGAGCUACAACACAAGCGUUGCUUAGCAACGUGUAAUAUCUGUCUGGAUCCGACCAACCGGAUGCAUGCAGGUUCCAUCAAGGCACACAAUGAACUACAGGCGAUAAUGGACUCAUUUCGAGAGGAUGUCGAGAUACAGCUGAGCGUCUGUGGCGCCAUGGAGUGCUAUAUGCUCGAGGAAGAGAAUAGAGCGAUGAUGGCAGUAGGAGCUGCUAAUACACGAGAAGGUACAAUACAUAGAAGUAUACAGCAGACUAUGCAGGCACACACAAGUAACGCUGAAGUGCAAGCCAGUGCUAUGCGUGCUCUGGGCACUCUUUGUAUGCAAGGAAGCGAUGCGGAGAGUAAACAUGUCUUUGAGGACAUAUGUGCACUCGUGGAUGUCCAGCAUGCACUCAGAACUUUCGAUAAAGUCACCGUUCAGCAGGAGGGAUUGUGGAUGUUGCAGAAUGCAUGUGCCAAUGCUUCUCAGCAACAGUUGCAAAUGUUAGGAGAAUCCGGUCUAUUUAUUGAAAUUCAAAGGGCCAUGUGUACUUACACAGACGAUCUCGUAGUGCAGUAUGGCGCGUGUAUGGUCUUGGCGUGUGCGUUAACUAACGCCGCGAACCGAACCGCGGCUGGUAAACGGGGUUUACACUCAGAUGUGAUAAACGCGCUGAUGAUGUUCGCGAUGAGAGAGAUCUCAUUGAGGCUGGGCUAUUGGCCCUGA